AUGCCCAUUUUGACUCUCUCUAAUCUUCUAACUCCAUUAAGAUGCCCAUUUUGAUAGACACAAAACACAUUAAUUAUCACUCCUGAAACUAAACCCUCUCUCUCUCUCUUUCUCUCUCUCUCUCUCUCUCUCUCAACUCCUUCAUUUGGAACCAAAAAUAUGAAGAGCAGCAGCAACAUCAGACACCUUCAACCAGCAGUGAUUUUUCUGCUUGGGGCAGCUUUUGCUGGCAUCUGCAUGCUGCUCUUCUUCUCUGCAGAUCCUGCAGGAGGGAGAGCAUUGGAUUUGGAGGUGUCACAUCUCAAGAAUGGGCCCAGUAAGUUGCCUUCACUGGAUCACCAGCCUGAUCAAGAAGCUAACUCCAAGGUGGCUUCUGAUCAUCAUGAAGAGCCCAUCAGAUCAACUAAGGCCCCUCUUGUUAACAAGACAACGAGUCAUGACGAGCAAGACAUAGAAGAGUUGGCGCGGAGAGCAACCAUGGAUGACAGAACAGUGCUGAUGACAGCAGUGAACGAAGCCUGGGCGGCGCCGAACUCGCUUCUCGAUGCAUUCUUCGAGAGCUUCCGGAUCGGCGAGAAUGUGGAGCACUUCGUGAAGCAUCUCAUAAUCGUCGCGCUGGACGCCAAGGCGUUCGAGCGGUGCAAGUCGGUGCACCCGUACUGCUACUUCCUCAGACCGCAAGGCGUCGACUUGUCCGCGGAGAAGAGCUACAUGACCAAAGAUUAUCUUGAUCUGGUGUGGAGCAAGAUCAAGCUGCAGCAGCGUAUUCUCGAGCUCGGAUACAACCUACUCUUUACGGAUGUGGACAUUGCCUGGUUCCGGAACCCCCUCGAGCACAUAACACUCGCGGCGGACAUAUCGACGUCGAGCGACUUCUACUUCGGGAACCCCCACGCCCUCGGGAACUACCCGAACACCGGGUUCAUCUACUUCAAGUCAUGCAAGAAGAACAUCGAGGUGAUGCGGUACUGGCACGAUUCGAGGAGGCGGUGGCCGCAGAACCACGACCAGUUCGUGUUCAACGAGAUCAAGCACGAGCUGGUCGACAAGUUCGGAGUGCAGAUCAAGUUCCUCGACACGGCCUACGUCAGCGGGUUCUGCCAGCUCGGCAAGGAUCUGAACAAGGUCUGCACUGUGCAUGCCACCUGCUGCAUUGGGCUCAACAACAAGCUUUACGAUCUGCGAGGGGUUAUCGAGGAUUGGAAGAAUUACACAUCUCAUCCGGUCUGGCAGAGGCAGAUGGGCCACCUGAAAUGGAGGCUCCCAGGCAGAUGCAUACACUGAGAAUGCAGAAACUUAUGUCAGAUUAGUUGUCAGAACAAAAAAAAAUUGAAUUCAAAUUCACUUUGUUAUUUAUAUAUCUCCGUAAUUCGAGCAUUCCGGUAACAAGUAUGACACAAAAUUUAAAAUUCUCUCUAAGAAUUGCGAGUGAAAAAGAGGUUGUGGAGUGAUGGUUUCUUUCAAUAUCAGAAUCAGAAUCAAGGCUUGUUUCAGAUUAA